AUGUUGCAUUGUUAUACUCAUACCUUAUGGAGUUUACUGUUUUCGUUCGGAUACCGUUACUAUGUGCUGAGUCAUCCUACACCGAGACCACGAAUUAUUAUUUUUCUUAUUUCUUUGAUAUACAUUCCAUCUUUCUUCCAGUUUGUGUCGUUUUGUUUUGCUAGCGACGAUAUCAGUGAGGUGAGACAAGCGAUGGCAAAGCAUUUCAACUAUAACGUGACCUCACAAUGUGUUACCGGUCAUGUCAGUAUUUUUAAAUGGAGCGUGAUGUACUCAAACCUUCACAUGACACUACCAGUUAUUCCGGUGUACAUUGCUGUUCUCGUUCUGAGAAGGCUUACAAUAGUCAAGCUUCACUCUGAUACAGCUCUAUCGGAAAAGACUAAACAUCUUCACAAACAACUGCUC